AUGUAAAGUUAUCUAUAGAAAUAAGACAUUAACAGAGGAUAAUCUUUUACUUUUGAUAUUGAAGGACAAAAUAUUUAUUACUAUUCAAUAGCAAAACCUUUACCAAAUGACAUUAUUGAUGACCUAAUCGUAUGUUCAAAAAUUAAAAAGCUUUUACUAUUUUAAUUACCUAAAGUUUGGUUCAUUAUGGCUAAAACAACAGCUUAUUUAGUCAUUGAAAACUAAUAGAAGUUUGUGACUUCAAAUUUCAUUUUAGACAUGUUUAUAUAUAGUUGGUUAUCAAAUGAUUUAUAAGACUUGAAAUAAGAGUUAUUAAAUAGAUUGAAUAGACUUAAUAUAGAAAUGGAGAAACUUCAUCGAUUAAUAGAUAUAUUUUCUUAGGAGAUGAUUUUUAUAUAAAAAGAACUAGAUCAAAUCAAUACUUGGGAAUACUAAUUAAAUUAUAAUAAGAAUUGUAUUAAGCCACUCUAUGUCUUUCGAGAUAAGAGUUCAAAUGACAAUUAAUGUCUAAUCAAAAGAAUUGAUGAAUUGAACAUCAAUGACGAUAGCAGAAAUUCAACUUUAACAUCCUCUUAAAUUUCUCAAAUAUCUAAUCACAAAGAGGUUGAGAGAAGCAAAACAGAUGUUAAAGAAAUUACAACAACGCUUCUAACAAAUAAAAUGAGAAAGUUUUCUAAGUAGAUGGAAAAAAUGAGCGAAAAUUUUUUUUAAGAAUUGAUUAUAUUUAAUUCUCAAGAAUAAUAAUGGCAAAUAGCAGGAUAAUUUGUUGUAAUUAUUAUUGAGACAACAGUCUAAUCAGAUUUUGAUAUGAAAACCAUUGAGAAAGUUAGAUUUAUAUAACCUGCAUUACUCUUUUAUAGGAAAGCUAUAUAAGUUUGGAUGUUAACUAAAUAAUCUUAAUUUGAUAAGACUCAAAAAAUACAUUCAAGAAUAGGCAAAGUAUCUAUAAUUCUUAAUUCAGGUAUCAUUUAGCCAAUUUUUAUGUAAAGCAAAGUGUUUUCUUGGUUAAUAUUGGAAAGAAACAUUAACCAUUCCUUUACAUACAUUUUUUUAAUUAGCAGAACAACUUUAUUCUUAAGUAGAGAAUGAAACAAUUUUGAUUAAGGUAAAUAAUUCUUUAGAAAAUAGAAAAUGAGUACUUUUUUGAUUCUCUUCAAAGAAAAAUUAAUAUCAUUAUGGGAACAAAAUUUAUCUCUAUUCGCUAAAUCGCAUAUAUAAAAUUGA